AUGGAAAGAAAUUUUAAUAAUGUUGAUAACAAAAACACAUGCAUAAGAAAGGUUGAUUAUAUGAAUGAUCAAAUAAAAAUGAAUAACAAUUAUAUGAAUAAUAUGAGUAAUUACGAUAUGCAAGAAUCAUUAAUUUCAGCAAAUCCUGAAUAUAAAAAUGUUUUCAAUGAACAAAAUAUAAACCCUUACGAUUAUAAUAUAUUGAUGAAACAAAAUAAAGUAUGUGAUAGCAGUAUGCAUGUUCUAAACAAAAGUGCUAAUAAUAAAGCUAAUAAUUUCGUUGAUGACAAAAUAUAUAAUUCCUUCAACCUCAAAAAAAUGUCAAAUAUAAAUAAUAUGAAUCAUAUGAAAAAUUUACAAAAUAAUAUUUCAUAUAUAAAUGAUUGUGAAAAUAUAUAUAAUAAAAAUUAUAUCAAUAAUAAUGUUGAUUGUAAUAAUAUAAAUCAGGUAAAUGCAAAUUCAAACAAAUUACAAAAUUUAUAUGUAAAUAAAAAUUUAAUUGCCAAUAAUAUAUAUGAAAUUAACGAAAAACAAAAUAAUUUAAAUUUACCCAAUUAUAAUCAAUAUAAUUCUUCAAAUAACAGCAAUCAGGCUAUGAACCAAAGAAAUGAUUAUAACAAUAAAAUUAUGAACAUAAACAAAUUGAGAAAUUUUAGCACAUGCGAUAAUUUAAUAUCAAAUGAAAAUGAAAUAAUGAAUAAUCAUCCCACUAAUGUAGUAGCAAAUACGCAUCAAAAUAAUAUGUUAAGUAAAUUGAAUAUAAAUCAAAUGAAUUGUGACAUAAACAAUAACAUGAAAAAUAAAAUGCAAUUAAUGAAGAAUCCUAAUAUUGAUGAACUAAACAGUGAAAACGUAAAUCAUAAUUAUUCUAUGUCACCUAAUUAUUAUGAUGAUAACAUGAUUAGAAAUUACAAUAGUAACAAUAAUAAUAAUAAUCAAAAUAGUAUUUUUUAUCCAAAUAAUAUUAUUGCUGAUAAAAUGGGAAUGAAUAUUAAUAAUAUAUCUGAUAACGGUGAUGAAUAUAAAAUUUCUCCAAAUAAACAAGAUACAUUAAUUGAAGUUACAAAAAGUAUGAUAAUGAAUAAUGUAAAUAAUCAAAGUAAAAUUAAUAAGUUAAAUUUAAACGCAAAUAUGAUAUCAUCUUCCAAUAAUAAUCAAAAUAAUUUAAAUGUUAACUAUAACGAAACUAUAAAAGAUGUAAAUUAUAUGAAUUCUUUAAAUACUAAUAACCAAAUAAUUCAUAAUAAUAAUAAUAAUAAUAGUAAUGAUGAAUGUAAUAUGAAUGAUGUUAAUAAAAUAAAUAGUAAUAUCAUUAACAACCUAAGCAUGAUAAAUGAAUAUAAUAAAAAUAUGAAAAUGAAUGAAUUAGAAAAAAAGUCACCAAAUCAAAAUACUACCUCUCAAAAAAACAUAACAAAUUACAUGAAUCAAUAUGUAGUAAAUUAUGACAAUUCUUCUAUGAAAAAUAAAAUAAAUAAUCUUUCCAAACUGCAAAAUGUGAAUAAUAAUAAUAAUACUAAUAAUAGCAAUAAUGUUAUAAAUAGUUUUCCCAAUGUUUUAAAUGUUCCAUCACAAACCUUUAAAAAAAUAGAAAAUCAAAUUCCAAGAAAUAAUAAUUAUAUGAAUGUUCUAAAUAACUAUAAUAGUAGUAAUAAUAAUAUAUAUAAUAGUGUAAAUAAAAUAAACAUGAAUAACAAUUUUAAAAACAAUCCAGAAGCGUUAAUUAAUUCUAAAAAUGUUACAGACAAUACAGAUAAUGAACCAUAUAUAAGUUUAAAUAAUCACUUAAAUAGUCAAAGCAAUGUAACUACUCUGAAGCAGAAUGUUAUGAAUAAUAACAAGUUAAAUGGAAACUAUAAUAUGAAUAUAUUAAACAAUAAUUUAAUACAAAAUGAUAUUGCAAAUAGAGCUCCAAAAAAAAUGAACAAGCAAUUAAAUAUAAUGAAAAAUAUAAAUAUGAUACAAAAAAAUAAUUUUUCUUUAAAAACAGAUAAAAAUGAUGUUACUAUAAACAAUUUAAAUACUUAUCAGCAAUAUCAGAAUAAAGAGGUAAAUAAUAAAAUUAAUUUUACAAAUAAUCUAAUUAAUAACAGCAAUUUUAAUAUAUAUAACAACAUAAAUAAUACUGAUCAAGUAAUAAACAAAAAUGUGGAAAAUAGUAUAAAUGUAAAUAAAAUUCUUAAUAAUUUAAAUACACCAAAAAAUAGCAAUUUAAAUUCUAAUUUAAGUGGUAUAAACCCCAACAUUAAUAAUAUAAAUAAUAAUAAUAAUAAAACAUUACAAAUAAAUAGUCCCUUAAAAAAUAUAUCAUCAUUACCUUCAUCCACUAAUUAUAAUAUAAAAAAACUUUUAUAUUCAUCAAAAAUAAAUUCACCAAACUUAUACUCUUCUAAAGCAAUCGAUUACUCUUUAAAUAAUUCUGCUAAUAGCUCAGCAAACUAUUUAAAUAAUAAUUUGAUGAAUAAUAACUUAAUGAACAAUAUUAAUGAAAUUGAUAACAUAACGAAUAAUUUAGCAAAUAAUAUAACAAAUAAUAUAACAAAUAAUUUACAAAUUAUUAAUAACAAUAACGUUACUCAAAAAAUAAACAAUAAUAUAUCUAUUAAUGUAUCUAAUGAUAUAAAUAGCAAUUUGAAUAAUUUAAAAAAGUAUAAAAAUAAUUUAUUAAAUAAUUUAAAUGAUUUUUCUAAUAUAAAUGAUAUGGAUAAGUUAAUUAAAAAUUCUGAUAACUCGGAUAAUUUUAAUGAUUUUGAUAAUUCUAAAAAUUUAUUAAAUUCAUCAAAUUUAAAUGAUCCUAAUUAUAUAACAAAGGAUAAUAAUAUAAAUUACAAAGGAAUAUUAAAUAAUGGGAUGAACAUGAAUGAUCAAAUUUUAAAUAAAAAUAAUGAGUUACAACCUAAUUAUUAUUUAUUAAAUAAUAAUGAUCAAAUUAACCCUAAUAACAAUGAUAAUAGCCUAAAUAAUUCACAGAAUAAUUUAAUGUUAAAUACAAAUUAUGACAUACUAAAAAUGAAAAUGAUUCCUAAAAAUGAUAAAUUAAACUUAAUUGAUAUAAAAAAUGAUUAUAAUAAUAUUACCAAUGACAACAUUCUAAAUAACAACCUAAUGAAACAAAGAAAAAUAUCACCUUUAGAAUCACUUAAUUCAUAUAAUAGCUUAGAUAAUACGUUAAAUAAUAAUAGUAAUAAUAAUAUUAAUAGUAUUAUUAACAACAAUUUUAACAAUAACAAUAUAAAAAAUACAGCAAAUAUUAAUUGUAACACUUUUUAUGAUUCAGAUAUACAUAAUAGAUUAAGCAGUAAUGUGAAUAUGAAAAAUAAUAUGAAUGCAAAUAUACUAAAUAGCACUAAUAAUAUAAAUGAAACUUCUAAUAUAUAUUCAAAUAUAAAUAAUAAUAAAAUGAUUAAUUCUACAACAAAUGAUAAGAAUGAAAUUGAUAGCAUAAAAUAUGAAUUAUUAAAUAAUUUAAAUAAUAAUAUUACUAACAAUAAUAUGCCAUUCAAUGAGUUGCAUAAUAAUAAUCAAAUAAUAGUCCUAAAUAACAAAAUGAAUAAAAAUAUAUUAUCUGAUGAAAAUAAUAAAAAUUGUUUAUCAUCUGAUAUAAAUUUUCUAAAAAAUGAAUAUAACAACAAAUCAAAUUUAGAAAAAAUUGUUAGAAAUGUAGAGGCAUUAACACCUUCCAAUAGUACACCUAUUCAUUAUGAUAAAAAUGAAAAUAUCUACUCAGAUAGAAAAGGUAAUUUUAAUGACAUUUAUAAUACCAUGGCAAACACUAAAAAUAACAUGAUGCACCUAAAUAAAGUUUUGUAUACAAAAAAUAAUAAUAAUAAUGAAAAUCAAAUAAUGAAUAAUAUGAACAGAAAUAAUUUAUUAAAUAUACAAAAAAUGAACCACAUGAAUACUUCCGAUGUUAAUAAUAAUAGUUCUAAUUUUAUUAACAAUUUAAAUAGUAACAAUGAUAAUAAAGGCAAUAAUAUUAAUAUUCCUAAAGAAACUAUAUUUUUAAACAAUGAUGAAAAAUUAGCAGUUCAAGAUAUAAAAAAAAUGCGUAAUAAAGUACCACCAAAUUAUUCUUCUGUGAACUAUUUAGGUAAUGACUUAUUAAAACAGUAUAAUAACUUAAAUAAUUUCAACAGUAUAAAUUCAUUAGGAAAUGAAAAUAAUUCAAAUAUGAAAGAAUUUAAUAACUCAAGUAAUUUAAAUCAUAUGAAUAUUCUUAACAAUGUAAAUAAUUAUAAUGAAAUAAAUAAAAACAAUUACUCUUUUAUAAAUGAUAAUAACAUUAAUAAUGAUCAUAAUAAUGUCAACUAUGGUUAUGAAAAUAAUACAUAUAAAGAACUAAUUUCUAAUAAUAAUUAUGUUAAUAACGAAGAAUUAAAGAAAAAUAAUAGUAAUAGCAAUGUUAAUAAUUUUAAUAAUACAUAUGAGUAUAUAUCAGAAAAUAAUAAAAAUAAUUAUUUACAGUAUAUUAUUAACAAAUCAAUUGACAUGCCGACAAAUAAUAGCAUAAAACCACCGUUAAAUUUAAAAAAUUUAAUUAAUAUUAAUAAUAAUUUUAAUUUAUUGAUGAAUAAUUUAAACUCUCCUUAUAUAAAUAAUUAUUUAAAUAAUGAUAAUGGUAUUAACAAUAAUAAUAAUAGCGAUAAUAAUAAUAAUAAUAAUAAUAGUAAUAAUAACAAUAAUACAUUUCUUUUUAAUGACAAAAUGACUUUACAGCAAAAUCAAAUAAAUUUAUUAAAUGAUAAUUUUAAAACAAACAAAAAUAACACUAGUAAUAUAUUAAACGAUAUGAACUUAAAUAGUAAAAAUUCAAAUAAUUUACUACAUGAGAAUGUAAAUUUAAAUAAUUUAAACAUGGAUCAAUCAUCCCUGAAUUUUUGUAUGCAAAAAAACAUGUACAUUAAUAAUGAAAAAUUACAUAAUAUAUACGAUUCCUAUUUAAAAGAAAAUGCGCCAGUUAAAAAUAAUAAUAUAUCAAAUAAAUUUUGUAAUUUUGAAAAUCAGAAUAAUAUAUUAUAUUCAAUAAAUCGUAAUUUAUUAAAACAAAAUGCAAGCAAUGUUAAAAGAAAAGGAAAUAAUAUGAAUAUUGUAAAUAAAGACAAUUUUUCAUUAAAUAAUGUUAAUUUAAUGACUGAUAUGAAAUCAAAUGUAAAAAAUAUUUUAGAUUAUGAAAUGAAAGGAAAAGAAAAUUUUUUUAAUAACUCAAGUGCAUUAAAUGAAAAUUUACUAAAUUUAAAUAUAAAUCAGAAUAAUCAAGAAAUUAAUCUUAAUUAUCAAAGAAAUAUUAAUAAAAGAAAAAAGAUAGAUGAGAAAUGUAAUGAUUUAAUGAAUAGUGUAGAUUCUUUAAAGGGUUCAAAACGAUCAAGAAAAAAAAAAAAAGCAAACAAUAAUUUUUCAUCAGCAUCAUCAAAUAAUGAUGCAUUAUCAAAGAGUAAUAAAAAUGUAAGAAUUACAAAAAAUAAAUUACAAAAACAAAAAAAUUUUAAUUUAAUAAAUUCUAUAAAUCAACAAGAUAUUGAUCUCAAUGAUUCUUCAUUAAAUAUACAAAAUAAAAAUAUUAAAGUUAUGGAUACCGAUUUAAAUAGAAAUGAAGAUAAUUAUCUAAAUAUGAAAAACUAUAAUGAAAUUAUUGAUAAUUGUACUAUGAUAAAUCCUGAUAAUUCUAUAACGGAUAAUACAAAUGCAACAGGUGUAACUAGUAAUUUAAUUGAUGAAUCGGUAACCUUAAAGGAAAAUCAUUUAUUGAAUAAAUUAAAUCAUAAUUAUACUCAGCAGAAUGUUGAAACAAACUGUAAAAUUAAUAAUGACAAUAAUAUAAACAACAGCGUAAGUAAUAACAAUAUAAAAAAUAGUAAUAUGAAUGAUAUAAAUAAGAAUAUUAAUAAUACCAAUAUAAGUAAUAAUAUUACUAUAAAUUUUAAUAAAAUAAAUAACAACAUAAAAAAUGAUUUUAAUAUAAAUAAUAAUAAUAUGCUUGACAAUCAAAAUAAUAUAUGCAAUUAUACUUGUAAAAGCAAAAUAAACGAACCUAUUAGUGAUUCCGUUUCUCCGAAAUUAAAUGAUAUGAAAAAUCCUGAAAAUGUACUUAAUCAUAUAAAUAAAUCUAUUAUUGACAAUGAAGAAAAUAGUAGUAAUUUAACAAAAAAUGAAAUUUUCUCAUGUUCUAAUAAAAUGGAAGAACUAGAAAUAAAUAAUAUAAACAAAAAUAAUUUAACAGAAAAUAGUUGUGCUAUUGAAAAUAAUCUUAUUAAUCCUAUUACUAAUAAAAAUGAAGAAAAUAUAACAAACAUGGAAAUAUGUAACUCUAUUAAUAACAUAAAUCAAAAUAUUACGUAUCAUGAAGAUUCUAAUAAUGAAGUUAUGCAUCAUGACAUAAAUAAAAAUAUAAUGAACAAUAAUUCUAAUAUAAAUAUUAAUGUAAAUAAUGAUAUUAAUACCAAUUUAAAUAAUAAUCUAAUUAGUAAUGUUCAUAACAUCAAUAAUUUGUCAAGUGAAAAUAACUACACAAAUUUAAACGAAAAUUUAAAAAAUAACAGUAAUAUAAAUGAUUUAUAUGUGAUAAGCAAAAAUGAAAACAUUAGCAAUAAUAUUAAUGAUGUAAGUAAUCAAGAAAAAAAAAAUCCUAUUGAUGACAAUUACUCGUCAUAUGAAAACAAUAGAAAUAGUAACUUAGGUAAUUCUACAAUUAAUAACAAUAAUGAAAAUAACUUUAAUGAUCUAAACAUUUGUACCCCAUAUAUAGAAUGUAAAGUACAAGAAACAAAUAGUACUGAUAAAGAUGAAAUAAGUAAUAAAAUAUUAAAUAUUCAAAACAAUAUUAAUAAUAAUUACAACUGUGUUAUUAGUGAUAGCAAUUUAAAUGAAACCAGUAAAUUAAAUAAUAUCACAGAUAAUAUAGAAAAUAACUCAACAAAUAAAAUAGUGCAAAAUAUUCAUCUUCAAAACGAAAAAGAAAUGCCAUAUAAAAAAAAAGAUGAAACUCAUAUAUUGAUUGAAAAUAUAUGUAAAGAUAAUAAUAAUGAUUCCAUUCCAAUAAAUAAUGAAGAAAACAAUUCAAAAUACCAAAUUGAGAAUAAAGCAUAUAACAUUUAUUUAAACCAAAAAGUGAAAAAAAGAAAUGAGCAUGAUGACGAAUUAAAAAUAGACAGUGAAACUUUAAAUUGCACUAAUAAUUGUGAAACGUCUAUGAAUGAAUUAAUAAGUAAUUCAGAAAAUAAUAAAAUAUUAGUUAAUUUAAAUAAAAAGAAAUAUUUUUUAUAUACAAGUGAAAGUUAUAACAUAGAAGAAAGAGAGGGAAAAAGAAAAAGUAUCUUAAUUAAUUUAUUAAAUAUUAAUUUCAAAGAAGAAAUAAAAAGAAUAAUACAGAGAGUAAUUGAAAAGAACGAAAAAAAUGAAAAAAUUGUAUUUAAUGUUGUCAAACAAAUAAAUGUUGAAUUUCUUAACAUAUUAAAAGAUUUAUUAAGAGGAAAAAUAAGUAACUCCCAACAAAAUAAUAUAAAAGUUUUGAAAAUUCAAAAAAGAAAAGUUUUACAAAAAAUUUUUUAUCAAAAAAAUAAAAAAUCAAAAAUAGUUACUCUUGAGUAUAUGCUAAAAACUUUUCCUGAUUAUAUUGGAAACAAGAAUUGUAUUAUAAGAUCUGAAGAUUGUUUGCUAACAAAUGAUAAAGAAAAAAGAAAUAUAGAAAAAAUGAUAAAUGCAAAUUUUGAAAUAACAGCUACAACUGUAUCAUUGGCUACUCCCUCUAUUGUUAAUUUAUUUAAGAAUGAUGAAUAUGAACUAUUAGACAGUUAUUACUGUGAUUUCACAUGUUUUUAUGUUCGUGUCAACGAUAAAUUUAAUGCGACUAUAGAAUUUCACAAAGACAUUAAAAAUACACAAAAUACCAAUAAAAAUUUUAAACUAAAUAUAAGAGCACAGUGUGAAGACUAUGAUACCUUUUUUUGGAAUUUUAUAGAAUUCCUAAUAUAA